AUGAUUUUAUACAUUUUAUUAAUUAUACUUCUCUUAUUAAUUUAUUAUGUUUAUAUGAAAUUUUUACACCGAUCGCGUCGAAUGGUAUUUUAUUUAGAAAAAAUUCCUGGUCCUAAAACACUUCCGAUUCUUGGUAAUGCUUUAGACUAUUUAGUCACGCCAGAUCAAUUAUGGGACUUUACACGAUUUUUAAACAAUAAGUAUUACCCGAUUUCGCGAGUAUAUAGUCUUAAAGAUGGUGGAAUUCACAUUCGUCAUCCCGACGACGUUGAAAUAUUACUAUCGAGCUCGAAGAAUAUUUCAAAAAGUAAAAUUUAUGCUUUUUUGUACCCUUGGUUUGGUACCGGUUUAUUAACGAGUACGGGUAUCAAAUGGCAAAAAAGAAGAAAAAUAUUGACUCCAGCGUUUCAUUUCAACGUACUAAAAGAAUUUUCGGAUAUUUUUGACCAAGAAGCGCGACGUAUGGUUCACGAUUUACAAUCUGAAGAAGAAGAAGAAGACGUAACAGUAGAUCUUGUUCCUUUCAUAACAAAAUAUACUUUGAAUGCUAUUUGUGAAACGGCGAUGGGAACGUCACUGGAAGGACAAAAAAGUUCGAUGGAUAGUUUCCAGAAAAUUUAUCGUAAAGCCAUACACGAUCUAGGAAACUUAAUGUUGCACAGGCUAUUAAGACCGUGGCUGCAUCCAGAUUUUUUUUUCAAUCUUUCACCUACAUCAAGGAUGCAAAGUAAAUGCUUGGACAUCGUCCGUGGAUUUUCUAAGAAGAUUAUCGGCGAGCGUAGGAAGUACCAUGAAGACACACAAGGAAUUCAUCUGAAGGAAUUCACAGAGACAAAUACUGCAAAAGACGUAGACAGACAAUUAUUCAGGAAAAAAAGAUUAGCAAUGCUUGAUUUACUAAUUGCUGCGAUGCGAAACGGUCAUAUCGACGAAGACGGUAUCUCGGAGGAAGUUGACACUUUUAUGUUUGAGGGUCACGAUACCACGGCAAUGGGAAUUUGCUUUACUCUUUUACUUCUGGCAGAACAUCGUGAAAUUCAGGCACGAGUAAGAGAAGAAUUUGAUAACGCCAUUGAAAGUUCCAAUGGUCAAAUAACUAUUACGGAAUUACAAAAGUUAUCUUAUCUCGAGCGUUGUAUCAAAGAAGCUUUGCGUUUAUAUCCAAGCGUUCCGUUUAUUUCCCGAGAUGUUACUGAUGACAUACAACUAAGAGAUUAUUUUAUACCAAAGGAUGUGAUGGCCCAUGUCCAUAUCUAUGAUUUACACCGCGACCCGAAUUUUUGGCCCGACCCGUUGCGGUACGAUCCAGACCGAUUUAUACCUGAGAACAGCUACGGAAGACAUCCUUUUGCAUAUGUGCCAUUCAGCGCAGGACCGAGAAAUUGUAUUGGACAAAAAUUUGCAAUGCUAGAAUUGAAGGCGAUAAUUGGACACUUGAUACAUAACUUUUACUUAGAGCCCAUUGACUUGGCAGGUGAAAUCCGAAUGAUGCCGGACUUAGUUCUAAGACCCAAACAUUCUGCGAGGAUUAAGCUAAUCUCUCGUUCUAAGUGAAUUAUUUAGUGAGACAAUUAAACUGUUGAUAGUAGAGGUCGUUCACCUGAAAAAAAUUUUAUUAAAUCUAAGUUUUUAAUAUUUAAAAUACCAUUAAUAAAAUUUAAUUUUCCAAUAAUUGUAUUUUAUUAACACACUUCUAUUAGCUUAUUAAUAAAAUGCCGG